CUCCAUCUCGACGUGUGCAGAAGUCCUUAUAGUCCCAGGGCCUGUUUCCUGUAGCAGCUCCGUAUUGCUGGAGAAGAAGAAAAGUGCCCGAGAUCCUUUCAGGAUAUUUGGUUUUUUGGGCGCGACACAAAUCGAGGUGAGGGAAGAGAAGAAAAUCCCCUGAAUCCCUGCAGGAUUACUUUAUUCAAAAACGAAAUAAAAAAUACUCAAUAUGCAAAAGUCUUGUGAAGAAAAUGACAUGCCAAAGGCAGAGGAAGACCGCCCUUUGGAAGAUGUACCACAGGAGGCAGAAGGAAAUCCUCAACCUUCUGAAGAAGGUGUAAGCCAGGAAGCAGAAGGAAACCCCAGAGGAGGGCCGACUCAGCCUGGCCAGGGAUUUAAAGAGGAUACACCCGUUAGGCAUUUGGACCCUGAAGAAAUGAUAAGAGGAGUAGAUGAGCUUGAAAGGCUUAGGGAAGAGAUAAGAAGAGUGAGAAACAAGUUUGUGAUGAUGCAUUGGAAGCAAAGACAUUCACGCAGCCGUCCUUAUCCUGUGUGCUUUAGGCCUUGAAUUCAUUUUUGCCUAAUAUUAAAAUCUGGCCCCAGCUUUCUUUCUGUUAGCAUUUUUUGAUGUAUCUUUGACCUCCAUCUUACUUUUAAUCAUCUGAUGAAACUUUGUUUUAGGUAGUUUCCUUAGUUCCAGCAUCUCAUUGGAUUUUGGAUUUUGACCCAUUUUCCAGGUCUAUUUUUCAAUUAGAAAUUUUCACACAUUUGCAUGGAAAUAUGUUCAUUUCAUAUUGUAAAGUAAAGCGUAACAGGUUAUGGCAAAGCAGCAUAUUUAAUAUCAGCUCACAUAUGUAGGAUAAAAUUCCAAACUUCGUGUGUGUGCGUGUGUGUAUGCAUACAUCCAUAUAACAUAUAUCAAAAACUUAACCUUAAGUUUA